CUCAGAAUGAUGACGAGCUCUCGUUUGAGGAAGAUAAUGUUUUAUAUAUUUUGGAAAACGACGAUGAAGAGUGGUGGAAGGCAAAACUAAAGAUCAACGGUGAUGAAGCUGAUAAUGGCCCAAUCGGUCUAGUGCCUGGAAAUUAUCUUCAGGAGAAUGAUGACGAGCUCUCGUUUGAGGAAGAUAAUGUUUUAUAUAUUUUGGAAAACGACGAUGAAGAGUGGUGGAAGGCAAAACUAAAGAUCAACGGUGAUGAAGCUGAUAAUGGCCCAAUCGGUCUAGUGCCUGGAAAUUAUCUUCAGGAGGCGGAACACAUGGAUACGCUGAAAGCUCUUUUUGAUUAUGAAGCAAAGAAUGACGACGAGUUAACCUUUAAAGAAAACGACUUGAUGUAUUUGUAUGAGAGAGACGAUGAUUGGUUUUUGGUUAAAUUGGGUGACUCUUUCGGUUACGUUCCUAAUAAUUAUGUAGAGAUAAAAGAUGAACAAGGUGAACAAGGUGAACAAGAUGUUAAUUAUGAGGAAGAGAAAGAGAAUGAUAAAAGAGUGGCUAAACCAAAAUUUUUAUUAAAUGGAUUCUCGAAUACAUCAGAUAGCACUAAAUAUGUUGAUCCAUUAAAAAUAUAUGCUCAACAAAAUGUUCAUAAAAAAUCUGGUUUAUCUUCAGAUGUAAAAACUUGGCAAGUCACAUUGAUAACGAAAAAUGAUAAGAAGAAAGAAAAAAAGAAGGGAACGAUCGUUGUUGGGGAUGGUAAGAUUGUAUAUGCUAGUCAAUCAGAUAAGGCACCAGUACAAGUUUUCAACAUCACAGAUAUUAUUGACAUCAAACAUGAGAAGAAACAUAUCAUAAUUCAAUUUGGCGGAGCAAAGACGACAACAUUUGAUUUCCAAUCAAAUAAACACUCUGAAAUAUUCCAGAAGAUCAAAGAUUGUCGCACUAGCUUGGAAAUACCAACCGUUAAACCACCAAUAACUAUCAGAGUUGCUUUAUAUGAUUUCAAAGCACAAGGUGAUGAUGAAAUAUCAAUUCGUGAAGGUGAUAAGUUAUGGAUUAUUGAUGAUGUCAGUAGCGAUGAUUGGUGGAGAUGCAGAAAAGGUGAAGAAGAAGGUGUUGUUCCAUCUUCAUAUAUCAAGAGAAAAGCUUUACAAAAACCACCCACUCCUCCUCCUGCCUUACCUACACGACCAUCCGCUCGUUCCAAGACUGCUUCAGAAGAGGAGGAUGUUAUAAAGAAAAUACAAACUCCAACAAAUCGUGCAUUACCUGAAAGACCAGCUCAAGCACAAUCUAAAUCCAAGCCUAUUCCAUCAAAUACUAGAACUUGGACUGAUAGAACAGGAACAUUUAAAGUAGAAGCGGAAUUAUUAAAUGUUGAUGAUGGGAAAGUAUAUCUUCACAAACUUAAUGGUAACAAAAUAGCAGUACCACUUGACAAGAUGAGUAAACGAGAUCUUGUUUAUAUUGAGGAGGUGACUGGCGAAAAAUUGGAUGAUAAUAGUGAUGAUACACCAUUAGCAACAAUAGCUGCUGCGCAUAAAAACAAGUCGGCAUUAACCAAUAAUAAUAGUAGGGAACAAAAAUAUUCUGAUAAAAUAAAAAAAAAUGUUAGUUUUGGAGAUACAAGUAUUAUUAUUCAAGAUAAUGAUGAUAAAUAUUCUAAAGCGACUAAAUCUGAAGAAAUUGAAAAGCCAAAGCAUAUGUCAGAAUUUGAUCGUAAAAUGCAGUUGAAACAUGCAGACCCAUAUUCUAAUUUGGAUUCAAUUAUACAACGAGAAGAAAAAAAACCAGCAUCACAAUCUACAUCACAAUUGUUCACGGCUGAUAAUGGAGUACUGAAAAAUAAUACAAAGAAAACUCGGCCACAGCCUACCAAGUCCGCCUCAAUUCAAGUUGAUGCUUUAAGUCUACAAACAUCAAAAGAUAAAAUUGAAGCAGCAUUUAAACCAUCAGGAUCAGUCACAGCGUCAUCAACUUCAAUGAAAUCAAAAUCAUCAAUCAUAGAAAAUACAUUUGAUGAUGAUGCAUGGGUUAACAAUAAUUCAUCAAAGCUUUUUGCUCCAACUCCAGUGAAGAAUUCAGCAACAACAUUUCAAUCUUCAAACUCCUCAUUAAACAUUAAUCCGUAUAGCCAACUAUCUCCUUCCCAAACUUCGGAUGAUAAAUAUGCUAUUUUCAGACAAAUCGAUCCUAAUUCUCAAAGUGUUUUUAAUAAUACAUCACAAAACAUAAAUCAACAAGGUGUUGGUGUAAAUAAUGCAGGUUUUGGUAUAAAUAAUGCAGGUUUUGGGUAA